AUGCUUAUUCUUGCAAUACUCCUGGCCACCACCCUCAGCGCAUGGGCAACACCCCUCCAGCCAACGUUCUCUUCUUGUCUUCUUGAAACUUCCCCAAUCGCUGCAGCGGAGAAUCUUCUCGACGUCAAUGAUGUCUACGCCAGCCUCGUGCCCGGAAGGCAAGCAAAAGAGCUUGGGCUGGUGGGAAACGGGCGUGAUGUGCUGAGGCUGGACCUCGUUGGAGUAACAGGAGCAGUGCUGAACGGGUAUGAUAAUACUACAAACAAGCUGGCCACGCUAUUCACCGAUACACAUGCUGCCUCUUUCAGUGUCUACUCGACAACCAGCUGGCUCUGUAACUCGCUUUUCCCUGCCAACCUCCCGACCCCAUACUACCCCUAUAAUACGACAUACUGCCCUCUCGCCGCUGGUGAUUUCGCCGUGAAUGUCUCAAUUCCUCUGUAUCGCUCGUAUGCCCUUACGACCCUACGAACUCGGAUUCGCGUGGUCGACACUUCAUCAUCAGCUGCCAAUCUCGCCUGCAUCGACAUUCACGUGUCUCCCUAUGAGAGGACGGGGUGGUACUACGAGUUGUUCUUGUACCUUCCCGUCGCCAUCCUGCUGGGUUUCUGGCUGGUCUCUUGGGGAGCGAGAUUCGUGACUGGAUGGAUCGUGGGAAGCGGUGUUGCAGAGUAUGGUCAGAAAGAAUCUGCCGGAGCGAGGCUGGUGACGGGAGGUUCCAGCAGAAGGGAGGCGACGAUGAGAAAGUGGGGUACGAUGAUUAUCAGUGGGCUGAGUGGUGAACGAUUGAGUGUCAGUGGAGGUCUUUUACGAUUCGUCACUCCAGGUGUUCGAGACAUUCUCUUCCACAUUCAAUACGCCGCCAUGCUCGGUAUGAUCUCGGUCCAAUGGCCGGAGUUCUCGUACCCCAUCUUUGCCCAAGGCGCCUGGGCCCAUCUGCUCGGCAACACCACCAUCGUGCAAAGCUCCGACUCUGAACGGAUUGACACCUACCCCAGCAAUUACACCCCUUCCCUCGCCUUUUCUGGGCAAAUGUCCGACUCUCAAUAUCCCCUCUACAUGGACGACACUGCGUUUGACCCUCUCCUCGACUUGCACCAUUCCAGUCGAGGGAUGGAGUCUUUUGCGACCGCUGUAGGGCUGAGGGUACAGGAUCUUUUUGGGACGUGUCUUGUCAUCUUCUUGUGCAUCGCGGGUGCGGUGUUGGUCAUCAGUUUGACGCUCUGGUUCUUCCAUGGACUCAUGGAGUACCUCUUUGGCGGAAGCAAGCACGGUACACCCGUCGGCAAGCGGGCUACGCUGGGAACGAGCCCCCGACCUAGUUUGGGUGGAAAGGAGACGCUUGAAGGCAGGAAUGCGUCCUCUACCGAUAUGCUGGGAUCACUUCCCACGCAAUCAGCAUUCUUCAGCCACAAAUCAUCUUCGCCCGGACACCUGAGACGUAUCUGGCUGCGUUUCCGACCAAGAGGCGAAGCUGGCGCUUUCCACACUGCUGCUCUUUACGGAAACCUCAUCCGCCUCAUCCUGGUCUUUCACCUCCCCGUCACCAUCUUUUCAAUGUACCAACUCUGUCUUGGCUCGCAAGCCAGUAUCGUCUCCCGUGUCUUUGCCGCCCUUGCUUUCGCCUUCAUCUCUGUCCUCUUCCCCGCCCUCAUACUCUGGAAGAUCUACAAAACCCCCACCGGAAAACUAUACGACGCCACCCGUACCCUCCUCUCCCUCGGUCCGAUGUACAACAUCUACGUCGAGAAGAAGCAAAUGUAUCGAGCCCUCACCCUGCUCGCAAGUUUGGUCGUCGGUAUCGCCGUCGGCGCAGGACAAGGAAGUGGAUUGGCACAAGCAAUAGUGCUGAUCAUUGUGGAAUUGGUCUUGCUGAUUGUGCCUGGUGUUUGGUACCCAUGGGGCGAGGGGGCGAGUAUGGGCGCGCCCAAUGCGUUGCUAGGCGCCUUGAGGUUGAUCAGUGUAGUCCUCGUCAUGCUGCUCGCCAAGAUUAUCGGCAUGUCAGACACCGCCUUGGACUGGAUAGCCUACGCCGUCCUCAUCCUCCAAGCAAUCAUAUUCGUAUUUUUCCUCUUUAUGCUCUUUACCAAGAUCAUCGAGGGCUCCAUCCGGCUGUUUGGCGGUGUGCACUUUGACGAGUCGACGCAUCCGCUUGAUGGAGGGAUCUUUGCGGUGAUCAUGGAUUUGGACUGCUUGAACCCCGUGCGCGGGGGCAAGGCUGCAGAGAGGAGGCGGAGAAAGCACGGAUCGAGACAGUUGCAGAAGAACGUCUACGAAGCUGGCAGUUUAUCUACGCAGAUGAUGCUGGAUAGGCAUUCGCAAGGCGUCCCCCGCCAGGCGACAGCAGAACAAUCCACCCCCUUCCUCUAUCCCGAUCAACCUCCCCUCGGGCCGCCUCCUAUCGAACGCCAAAGCUCCGACAGACGGAGCUUCGAGUCGAGGUCGGAAGAGAGGCAUGGAGAGGCGAAUAUCAUGGAUGCUUGGAGGCCUGCUCCUGGGUCUGGACUGGGGUACGCCCCGCCGGGGAUGUAUGCGCCGCAAGUAUCGUCCCCUCCUAUCUCGCCUGUGCCGAACCCGGCGUAUGGGACGGGGAACGCACCCAGCAGGAGCUUUUCCCGUGUACGAGGCGGUCGGUCGAAUUUUGAGCAUCCGUAUGAUAUCCAAGGGCCUGCGUCGAGUGGGGUACCGGUGAUGACGGCGAUGGCGAUGCCGACGCCGACGAUCAAGGUGUCGCAAGCGGGGCAGAGACCAAUGUCGCCCCCGCAUAACCGGCAAUAUUCGUCCUCGGCGUUGAUAGAGAUGGCUUCUUCCCCGCAGAAUACACCUCCUUCAAGGGGCAUCGAGUUGCCGGCUGCGUACCCAACGUCUCCGCCUGCACAGACGCCGCAGGGGAUACGGCCCGAUAGACAAGGCCAACGCCCGCCCGCGCUUGCCAUUCCCAAACGCCGGUCGUUGAAUGAUAUCAAACAAGAUUCCGAUAUGUCCACCGACUCGCAUUACUCUGAGCAUGAGAGGAAGAAGAAGAAGGGGAAGAGACGGAGUGCGGGGUGGUUCCAUCGGAAUGAGACCCGGACGGGGGAUAGUGAGAGCGAAGAGAGCUCGGAUGAUGAGCCUGGGCCGUCGAAGCGAAAGACGCGCAAGGCGGCUUUGGUUGCUGCCCAGAUGCGCGAGCCGGAACCGUUUGAGGAUGUGUCCAAUCUCGAGCCUCAGCCGCCUGCGUGGAAGCGGAUGUUGGGUAUGAAGAAGAAGCUGGGCGAGGAAGAAGAGUUGGAGAGGGACGAGAACAAGGCGAGGAAGGCUGCGCUGGCGACGGAGAGUGGGUCGUUGUUUGCGGGUGUGCAAGCGCCAAAGCCGUCUCCGAAGAAGGGCUUUGUGGUCAGGCGGAGUGGGGAGGGCGGGCCGACGUAUGUGCCCAUGGCGGCUCCUGCAUCUCCUCCCGGUGAACCGCAGUCUGCAUCGACGAGCUUUAGGGUGAAGCGUAUGGGCCAGCCUCAACAGACGCCUACGCCGCAGAGGGUGGACUCGCCGACUGAAGUCAAGUCUGUACACGCGAGCCCGUCCUCUCAGUACUUGCCGCUUUCAGCUGCGGGAAAUAGUACAGGGCGAAGCAGCGGGGAAAGCACGGGGGAGAAGAAGGGGUUCAAGGUGAUCCGGCCAGCGAAGAGUGCUGCCCCAUCGCCUGCUGCUAGUAGUACCGGCUUUGUCGUCAAUCGUCGGUCGUCGCCCCUUGUCACGCCGACUGGCGAGAGUCAUCCCGUGCAGACGGGCUAUCCACCGUCGUCUUUUGUACCGAUGGGGAGGGCGAGUCUGGAAGAUGGAAGACCCCCCGCGAGGCCGAUGAAGAAUCCGAGGCGGUCUAGUGAGAGCCAGAGGGGAGAAUAG